AUGCUUUGCAGGUCGUCUGUUAAGAGAGGCAGAAAAGCCCUUGCUGUUAGUGAAGGGUAUAUUGACGUAACAGGCAAGACACACAUUAUGACAGUUCGACGUUCCGUACCUCUCACACCAAAGAAAAAAACCGUUAAAAAUUAUAUAGAUGUGUUGAGUGAACGAUUAGACAAACUAGAAAACUUAACGCAAAGGAUUGUAGACGUUACAAAACUGAAUAACGAUCAAAUCGUUCCUCCCGAGGCCACAAAUUUUUCGGCCAUGGGAAUCGACGACCUAAUUGAAUUCUCGAAUCAUCUAAAC